AUGAAACCCGGAGCCACCGCCCAAGAAUUAUGGAACCGGCUGGAAGGAUUAUUCCAUGACAAUAUGACAACACAAGCAAUUUAUCUGGAGGACCAAUUCACGAACACCCGCCUUGAACAAUUUGCAAAUACAACCGAAUAUUGUCAGCAAUUAAAACUUCUUUCCGAUCAACUCGCGGAUGUCAACAACUCAAUCUCAGAAAAAAGAAUGGUCCUGCAAUCGGUUAAAGGAUUAUCCAAGGGUGAGUACGACACCAUAGCGACCAUGAUUCAGCAAUCCAAACCACUACCCACCUUCUCUGAGGCGCGCUCUUCCCUUCAGAUGGAAGAACGGCGACGCGCAAACCAGGAGGACAAUAUUGACACUGCCCUUGUCGCUCCAAAUCAGCCGACCUUUGGCAGCAGCACGCCACCAGCAAACCACCAUCACCACACCCCACGUGGUGGUGGACAUCACCGCGGUGGUCGGUCAGGCCGCGGUCGUGGCAACGGCAACUAG